AUGGAAAGACAAAAACCUCCUUCCACCGAAAACGGUAGUGACUCUGGAGACAAUCAACCAUCGCGGAUCCGGGACACUCUCCAGAGUGCCAAGCAACCUACAGUCCCACCUCCUUCGCCGCCAGUAGAAGCAGCGCCCGAUGUUGUCGACAGCCCGCCUUCUGCUGCUGUCAUAGUCGCCUCAUCAUCCCUCCGCGCGGCAUUCAGGCCGGAAACAAGCGGCAGCAUGCGCUCUGCAACUCCAGACAGCCGACCCGAUGGCCGCCGACUUGGCGCUAGUGCGUUUGACAGCUCAGCAUCAACAAUGCAUCGCGAUACGCAGCAUGGUUCUCCUGUGACCGCCCCGAGAGGCGCAAGUCGGCGACAAGGCAUGGUGUUGUUGAAUGACAACGUUGACGACAAUUCAUACGAUGUGGCCGAACCCACCGCAUCCCCUGUGCCAUCGCAAGCUGGUGCUCAGCAAGGGCCACAACUGCAGCAACAGCAGAGACACCCCGGCGCGUCAAUAAGACCUCGGACAAGGACGUUAGAUGCCGCCAUGCUAAUGUCGCAACGCACACCCACAACGACCGACCAAAGGCAUCGGGUUGGUAGUGUCAGCUCAUCUGGGUCACAACACUUCCUUGAUGACCAACGCUCCCUGGGCCCUGCAAUUGAGGCCAUCAGCCACUCAUCAACUAAUGUUUUCCGACUCCAGGAGCCGUCCACACCGCAAACGCCGUCUAAGCACAAGGACAAGAAGUCAGGCAAGCGACUGCUAAAACGACAAGCAUCUCGACCUUCAUCGCCAGUUCCCACACCAUCUCCUUCAGUUGACUCAUUCCCUUUGCCUCUUGAUGCUUCUGAACCUACCAAGCUGAUCAUGUUGAUGAAGACACUUGGUGGCCGAAUGCGUGGCGAAAUCAAAUAUCAAAUGGAGGACGAGGGCAGUGUUUGGCAGGAUGGCACUGCCUACAUUGAUGACGAAAAGGGGUGCCUCAUGUUUAAUUCGGGCCAGGCUGGGCCGUUUUUCACGGCCCUUAUCCCCGAUCUUCGUGGCUGUAUUGUCCUUCCCACCAGCCAUCCUGAUGAUAAGAAAGAUUGCCUCGAGCUCCUUGCGACAGACCAUACGACUGAAUUGUAUUUGCGCCCUGUUGCCCCUGAGGAGUGGAAUCUGUGGCUUGCUGCACUCUUGUGUUGGCAGCAAACAAGAGCUUUGGCUUCAACACGACCGCAGAAUGGGCCUGGGAACAACAGUCGUGUCGGCAUCAUUGGACCAGCCAUUAAUAAAACAGGAACAGUAGUAGAAGGGCCCAAAUCUGCGACCAUUAUCAAAGUCGGGACGAUUUUGCUGUGGGACAAGGGCUCUACGGGCUCUGCCAACGACCUAGUACAGCGAUCAUCCACCAGAGACGUCUUGUCACCAGGCGCAGCUUGGAGAAAAAUAUCAAGCAUCCUCCAAGAUGACGGUGAAUUGAAGUUGCUACUUGAAAACGAUAAUUCGCCUCUCUGUGUCAUACAACUGUCACAACUGUCGAGAUGUGCUAUUCAGCAACUUGACCACACAGUUCUAGACGAGGAAUUCUGUCUUGCAGUCUUUCCCAUAUAUGCUAGCACCGCCACAAAACUUUCCAUCUUUCGGCCUGUUUACUUGGCUCUGGAUAAUCGCGUACAGUUCGAGGUGUGGUUUGUAUUGCUUAGGGCGUUUGCAAUGCCAGAAUUAUACAAAUUGGACGCUGACGAUCAAGAUUCCAUUCGGGAAGUGGCCGAUUUGGAGGAGAGAACCUCUGAAGAGACAUUCCGGAUAGAAAAGACUGUUGGCGUAAGAGUAACGGAAGCAAAAGUCAAAGCUCGGCCCACAGGUCUUGAAGCACAUGUAUAUGAAAAGCCCUUCAAGGCUGGGCAGGAUCCUUUGGUUGGCAAUUACGUUGCCGAAGUGAUUUUGGACGGGGAAGUCCGCGCGAGAACCACGACGAAGCCGGCAACCAAGAACCCCUACUGGAGAGAAGACUGCGAAUUUGUCGACUUGCCGCAUACCGUACAGGAGGUGUCUAUUGUGUUGAAGCGGACCGAUGGCACUUCUGACGUGGCAUCGACGGGGCCAGGCCCAGUGCGCGCCGGGGCGAGCCAGGAAGUGUUGUACGGGACUGUGCACGUUGCCCUAGAUAAACCUCAACGCGGCAAGGACCAUGAGGACUGGCUCCAGAUUAUGGACGACAAGCAACAGCCGAUUGGUUCCAUGCUGAUCAAAAUAUCCCAUGCUGAACAGAUAGCGCUACUUGCAGUCGAGUAUGAACCACUAUCCGAAAUCCUUCACCGAUUUCCCUCGGGUUUGACGACGAUGAUAUCGACUUCCCUGCCGGGUCAGCUACGUCGCCUGUCCGAGAACUUCCUCAAUAUAUUCCAAGCGUCUGGCCAUGCGGCUGAAUGGCUAAUGGCGCUGGUCGAGGACGAAAUCGACGGCAUCGGAAAUGCGGCCUCCAUUAAAAAAUUUCGAUACAGCAACCGUUUGAAGUCGAAUGAGUCGAUCGAGUCUGCCAGUGAACGGGAGCUGAUUGUGAGAGACAUGAGCAAGUCACUUGCUGGUGAAGCCAACUUGCUAUUCCGAGGAAACUCCUUGCUCACACAAUCUCUCGAGUUUCAUAUGCGGCGCCUGGGCAUGGAGUACCUGGAACAGGUGCUACAGGACAAGAUUGCCGAGAUAAACGAGCUGAACCCCGACUGCGAGGUUGAUACCAGUAGACUGCCUCACUGCAGUGGUACAGAGAUUGACCAGAGAUGGAGUCGACUGAUACAGUAUACCACGGAAGUGUGGCUUUGCAUUGCGGAAUCCGCGCGCAAUUUGCCAAGCGAGCUACGGCAUAUUUUGAAGUAUAUCCGGGCUGUUGCUGAGGACCGCUACGGCGAUUUCCUCCGUACGGUGGCCUAUACUGCCGUAUCUGGUUUCUUGUUCCUUCGCUUCAUUUGCCCUGCCAUCCUUUCGCCCAAACUCUUUGGUCUGCUGCGGGAUCACCCCCAGCCCCAGGCUCAGCGGACACUGACCUUGAUUGCAAAGGUGCUGCAAAAGAUGUCCAACAUGUCCACUUUUGGGAAACGCGAGGAAUGGAUGGAGCCCAUGAACAGAUUCUUGACUAGUCAGCGUCCCGUGUUUCGCGACUACAUUGAUCAAGUGUGUGGCAUCCCCGCCGAACGCGUAGGCGUCAAGAGCGUUCCAGCGGCCUACAGUACACCCAUCACCAUACUAGGUCGUUUGAGUCCCACAGCCAAGGAAGGCUUCCCGAGCUUACCAUAUCUGAUUGACCAUGCUCGCUGCUUCGCAAGCCUCGUUCGCAUCUGGGUCGAUUCACGCCCCGAAGACGUCAAGAGGGGCCAGGCAGAUGGCGAGCUCCUCAUCUUCAACGAGCUAUGCACCGGCCUGCAAAAACGCGCCGACGCCUGCUUAGCCCAAGUUGAGCGCACACGCGCAGCAAACGCCGCAAGAUGCGGCGUGGCCGAGCAACUUGCCGAGACGCUCGAACAAGCCACCCUCAUAGAGUCCCUCAGCGUCCCUUACUCCCUACCACACACGUCAGGCGAUGACCGACCACCUGGGAGUUCGGGCAGCGACGGCGGCGGAGACGAAAGCAUUUCCCGCCGCAAAAGCAAGGAGUGGCGCCGCGACAGAGACGGCCUCGACAGCAGAAAGGCCAGUGGGUUGCGUCAAGUGAGCGGCAUGGGAGGUUCCAGCAAGGGCGGCAAGAACGGCAAAAUGGGCAGAACUAUAUUGAAUGGCAUCAUGAGAAUAGGGGGCCGGGCAGAGAGCCCUGACGCAAAGGGAUCCAGAUGA